CGCAACUUCGUUCGCUGGGCCCGCCUUCACCCAAUACUGCACACAACUCGACCACCUCAACCCCAGGCCGACUACAUAUUCAACAUGUACCAAUUGUCAGAAGAGUCCAAGGAGCGCAUCGCGCGCAUCAUCGAUGUCUCCCGAGUCGCUAUCCACUACGGCUACCUGCCUCUGAUCCUGUACCUCGGAUACUCCCGAAGCGAGCCUAAGCCGUCUCUCAUCCGGUGAGUACACCACCUAUUCCGGUCGUUCCUAAACAAGCACGAGGUGGCUCUUUACAACGGGAAAGAACGUUACAGCUUGU